AUUUAAUACUUCCUCUUUAAGACGGCUACGAAAGAAGCCUUUGGCGAUAUUUUAAUGCUCCAGAUUUGGCGAUUAUGUUAGCUGAUAUUGGCAACGAAAACUGCUGUGGCUGCUUUAUUAGGAAGUACAAUUUAUUUUUCUAAUAUGCUAUGCAAUUUUGCGCUUCUGAGGUAUAUGUUAACGCAGACGAAAGCUGGAAUCAAAUUUUACUCCCAUUAUACUGCAUAUAUUUUAGAAAAAGCAAAUUCAGAGUCGUGCUAAUGAUUUUCAAGUUAUGAUGUCCCAGUUACGAUUCUUCCUGAAAGGAAGGACUAUUCUAAAUACGUGCCUUACGGAUCUGGUUUCUAGAAGAUUCUCUUCUCGCUCUUCCACAACAUUUAAUAUCACAGAAAGGAGUUUUCAGAAUGGUAUAUCAUACCGGUUCAAGCAAACUGAAGUCGCUAAAGAACAGAAGCCAUCAGACAUUCAGAAAAAAACAGAUGACGUCAAGUAUGAAGUAAGGCCAAUGCGAAAAAUAGAUGUUCCUCAAGCUUUAGACGUGUGGAGAGAAACCGGAAUGCAAGAAGGAACACAUAGCAUUUAUUCUUGGCUGAAAUUCGAUCCUCAGGGAUUUUAUGUUGCUAUUACAAAUUCAGGAGAAGUAUUAGGAACAUGUACUGCAGUCAUCAACCAUGAUGAUUUGGCUUUCAUUGGCUUGUAUAGUGUACGAGAGAAAUAUCGAGGUCUAGGAAUAGGUUCUAAGAUCUGGAAUGCUUGCAUGGAGCAUGUUGGCACAAGGAAUGUAGCCCUGAACGCUGCACCGGGAACGCUUGAAAUGUAUCGAGACAAAUGUGCAUUCCCUAUCGUUGAAGACAGAUGGGAAAUAUUACUCAACGAAAUAAAUCAAAGUGUUUCUCCAGCAAACUUAUCGGAUCAAGUUCCUUUCGGUGUUCGUGUCCAGCAUUGUCGAGAGUCUGAUUUGUCUUUAAUUUACGAGUUCGAUUUCAAUCUUGUAGGCUAUAAACGUGAUCUCGUGAUUAAACUUACUAGUCAGGAACAAGACACAAAAACCGUGGUGGCAAUCAAAGACGGGGAAUGCAUUGGGUACGGAACUAUCAGGAAGACCUGCCAAGGAAUAGGCUAUGUAGGUCCACUAUAUGCCAAUGACUAUUCAGUAGCUGAAGUUAUAUUAAGGAGGCUCAUCGUGUCUGCUCCUGAGAUGAAAGGUCUCUUCAUAGGCACCGACAGUAAUAACGCAGCUGCUAAUGAUCUCGUAAAGAGGCUCGGAUGCCAUGUGAUAGGACAAUGUCAACGACUCUAUCGCAGAGAAAAGGUGAAUGUUGACACAAACAAAGUGUUUGCAUUCUUCAGCUUAAACUUUUCUCCCUUCUGAACGAUUUGGAAGUUAUAUGUAUCUGUUCAGCGAAAAAUGGAAAACGUACAAUCGAAUUCAGACCUCAGAAUUGUAAGCAAUAAGAUUUGAUUAAAGAAUGAGCUGGACUUUAUAAUAUCAAUUAUUAUUUUUGAUGGAAACCGGAAUUCUGGAAAGCAUGAACGAUAAUUAUCUUUUCAGCGCACGGUUAUUUUUAUGGAGAUGUUCCUUGAUUCGAUCGUGACAUGUAUGGAGUACAUGUUUUCUAUGAUGAGAGCAAAUCGCGCAAAAUACUUGAUUCUUUUUUUAUUAUUUUACUUAUUUAUUUAUGGUUUAGGUUGAGAAGAAAGUAAUUUCGGUUUGCACAAACAGGUAGCAUUAUGUCCCUUUACUUAUUCUUCUCUCAACCUUCUCUUUAUCAAUUUUUUUUUUCUUUUCAGAUUUGGGAACUGACACUUUUAGGUUGCUAUAGAAACAAAUUCCAUGUAUUUUUGUUUAUAACGGUCAGUUUUAAAAUGGAUACAAAAAUAAACGCUUUCGACAUAUUUCACUUUUUUAUUUUGAUACAGGCAAGAAUACGACUGAGGCUCACAAAGAGAUAUGUGAAGUUUGACGUGUUGAUUGCUUAAAAGAAUGCAUGAAUCAAAAUUGAUUUUAAAAAAUUCCCUUCUGGAGAUUUUUUUCACUUAAAGGUGGCUAACGCUUUGGCCUACCUUCUGAAUUUGAUGACAACAAAAUUAAAGCGAUAAUUGAAUGGAAUCGUGAUGCAACUGUGCGAGAGAUCACAAAAUGGUUAAGUGUAUCCCACACAACAACUGAAAAUCACAUAAGAUGUCUUGGACUUGUUAUAAAGCUGGAUAUUUAAGUUCCAUGUGAAGGAAUUCACUUAAAACAACGAAUCAAUAUUUGGAAGACGCAUUUCAAAUGCAAUGCAAUCCACCCUUUUUUCCCACGAAUUAUCACUGAUGAUGAAAAAUGAACCGAAAAAGAUAAUGACCUAAGCCUGAUGAACCAAAAUAAAUCAUAUCGAAAUCUAAACUGCGUUAGGAAAAGAAAAAAAAAAUCAUGCUGUCAGUUUGGUGGAAUUACAGAAGUUUUACGUAUUUUGAGCUGCUUCCAAACAACCAAACGAUCAACUCAGAUAUUUACUGUCAACAACUUAUGAAACUGGAGGAAAAAGAAAAACCAGAAUUUACAAAUGGCAAAGUAAUCGUAUUCCAGCACGAUAAUGCGAGGCCUCACACAUCUUUAGCAACAGUACUAAAUUACCGGAGCUCGGUUGGGAAAUAAUGUCGCGUCCCCAUAUAGCCCCGGUUUUGCAGCAUCGGAUUAUCACUUAUUUCGGAGUUUAUAAAACAUCUUAAACGGUGAAAAUUUCGGUAGUAACGAUGGCCUCAUAUCGCACUUGGCUGAGUUUUUUUGCUGUUACUAACACCAGAGGUUCUAAAUGCGCAGAAUCCUGAAGUUACCAGAAAGAUCAUCGAACAGAAUGGAAGGAAUUUGAUUGAUUAAAGUUAAUUUUUUGUAUACAGAAAAUUAAGUUUUUAUUUCACACCUACCUAAAUUACUUUCUUGCUAACCAAGUAUAAGGUAAAAGUAUAUAGACUUUAAUAAAAAUAAUAUUUGCUUCGUCA